CCUACUAGCCCCAGUUACCCAGGAAACGCUUUCUCGAAAAUGUGGCCAAUCACGUACAGACUGGGCGGGGCUAUUGAACUAGGACGCUGUGUACUGCGGCUGCGCGUAGUACAAACAUGUCUUCCUCCACUAUGCACAUGGGCCUGAGAGUGUAGGUGGCCACUGACGGCUGUCGUGAUUCUGUCUAGAGAGUCCCCACAGGAGCUGUUAUAAGCAAUCUGCCUGGGGAAGACUGUACAAGGAGUGCCACACAGUGACAAAAAGAUCUAAAAGGAAAACGGAAGGCCCGUCAUCAUCAUGGAGGCUUUAGAAGAACAGCUUUCACAUCUUAACAUAGCAAAGCGUUCAGCCAUGAAAGACAGCGCUACUUACAUACUUGACAUUGAUGUGUCGGAAUCAACGGAGGAAAAAAACUGUCAGACAGUUGCAAUUUUGUGUUCAGAUAAAACAAUUAGAUUAUAUAACAAGGAAACCAUGGCCUGCCUUCAGGAAUAUAAUGCACGUCCCGAUGUGCUGAGCGGCGUGCGCUUCUCCCACACAAACAGCAAUCUAGUGUUUUCAGCGUGCAGCAAUGCUACUGUAAGGCUUUGGGAUGCUCGAGUGUGCGGGACUGGAGCCGUGCUAGAGUUUACUGGUUACCCGUCCAAUGUCUUCAUCAGCUUUGAUAUCAGCUGUAAUGAUCUUGUCGUCUGUGCUGGCACAGAAAAAGUAGAUGAUGAUGCGUUCCUGGUCUUCUGGGAUGGAAGAUACACUCCGGAUACAGGAUCUAAAGAGCCUCUUGGUGCUUAUUCAGAGUCUCACAAUGAUGACAUCACUCAAGUUCGCUUUCAUCCAACCAACCCAAGCCUGUUGGCCACUGGCUCCACCGAUGGCCUGGUUAAUGUGUUUGAUAUCAAUGAAAAUAAUGAAGAUGAUGCACUAACCACCACCUGUAAUUCCGACUCUUCCGUGAAUAUCAUUGGGUGGGCAGGAAGGGAUUAUAAGCAGGUAUAUUGCCUGACACACAAUGAAGGGUUCCUCUGGUGGGAUCUGGCUCAAGUAGACACAGAGGAACCAAUAACACUCUGUAAAGUAGAGGAUAUAAGGGAAAAUGUUAGCGGGUAUAACAUCGACUAUCUCAUUGAUGGUGUCUAUCAUAAAAAACAGGACACUUUACUGCUUCUUGGAGGGUCUCACAAUGGUGACAUCAGUUUGUUCAACUGUGAUUUAGAUAAGGUCACCCAUGUAAGAACUUUAACUAGAGGACACACUGCCACUGUGCGCUCAGUCUACUGGGGUGGAGAGGAUGGCUCUCUGAUAACUGGUGGGGAAGAUGCGCAACUUCUGUUAUGGAAACCAAAAGCCAAGGACUUGUCCCCAAAGAAGAGAGACUCCUUAAAAAUGGCUUCUUCUGUGCAGCAGAGGGUUCGAUUGCACAACAACAAAUCAUUUGUGACCAAGCAGAAGUGAUUGCCAUCAGAAAGAAUAGUCCUAGCUAUAGGCCCAUAGAAUUGUAGAUAAAUGUAACUACAGCAAGAGCCCUUAUAUACAAACCGUGCAGUAACCAUAUGUUUGCAGAAAAGGGAGAAGAAUCCAUUCAAGGAAUUUUACAUAGCUGAUAAGGUUAAAGACACACGGAUUCCAGUAUAUAAUGCUACUUUGUUGAUCCAGAGGAAGGUAAAAAACACCCAUUGAAACAGAUGCCACUUGCCCAGUCCUAGGGAAAAUAUUCUUCACAAAUCCAAAUUUAGAAUUAGAAUAAAUUAAACUCUUUUUAAAUGAAUCAGCUAUUAUAUUAUCAUGUGGCAUAGAGUUCCAUUGCCUCACUGCUCUUACAGUAAAGAAUCCCAUACUGAAUGGUUACAGGCCUGGGUAGAAAACGAUAACUAGAAAGAUCUCUGUAUUGUCCAUUCUUAUAUUUGUACAUUUUAAUGAUUGUAGCCAUCUUUUUUUCAAGCUAGCUUACUUAAAGUUAGAUCAUCUGCCCUAGUUCUGCAGCCCACCUGCUCACUUAAGUACUUUGGCUGAAUUCUUCUGAUCAAGUUACAGUACCGAUCCCUAAAAAAAAAAAAUAUUUUCCAAAGCAAAGGUUUUUCUACUUUGCUGCAUUUCGAUUUCCUUCCGUUUUGGCAAGAUCUGUGUGUGUAAGGCUAUGUUUACGGUGUAGCAAGCAGAAAGAAUGAGAAAGCGACACUCAGCAACCAGGACGACACUUUAUUCAGUUGCUGAAAUCAUCAUGGGUACAGGCGGGAGUAGCGAUGUGAGGCAAGGGCAACCCCUGCCUCACACCAUUACUUCCUCCUGUACCUGUGAUGACUUCAUCCCCUAAAUAAAGUAUUGUCCUGGUUGGUGAGUGCUGCUUUCUCAUUUUUCCUGCUUGCUACAUGUAUCACUAACCCAGAGCUGAGCACCGCGGGUACCAGACUAGUACGGGUCACCCGUGUUAGUGGAUUUUUAGCUCCGUACGUGCUGGUCAUAUAUUCCUCUUUGCCUGACUGCCUUUCUAUGUUUACGCUGUGCUUCCUCUACAAAUCAGAGGUUUAUAUCAGGAUACUCGUGGCCUCCAUUGAUGCCUGUGUUAUCUAUAUAUGCAGGAGAUUUCCAUGGCUCAUAGAUCAAACAUUCAUUUAAAUGUUGUGUGCACAUAGCUGUAUAGAAGUAAGGACUCAUACACAUUAUCGAUAGGAUAACACCCUAUACAAUUCUCAUUCCAUAAUGUACCUCUGCAUGCCUCCCUUUUUUAUUUUUCCCCAUUCAGCGUUUCUGGGGAAAACGCUAUACGUCAUACAGACACCACCCUCAUCUGGACCCCUGGGUGUCCCAUGUGCCCAAGGCAAUAUAUGAAUGGUCCAUUACAGAUAAAUAUUUUUCUUGCCUGGAAGAGCCCUCUACACAAGUGGUCUACAACCAAUGGCUCUCCAGCUGUGGUGAAACUAAAACUCCCAGCAUGCUGGCUGACAUGUAUUCAGCAUUUUGUGCCAUUGAAGUGGUCUUGCCUGCCUCUGUUCAGAAGAUGUCUCCUUGCAAGCAUACACAAAUGACUUAAGGCAAUAGGUAAUUAUUUUUUUUUUAAUCUGUACCCACUGGAUAUUGAAUGAAUACUUGAAGUGAUGCCAUCAUCCAUUAUUUUUAGACAUAUAUGUUGGGUGCUUAAAGGGGUACUCCGGCCCUAAUAAAUCUUAUUCCCUAUCCAAUGCCAUCACAUCCCCUCCCAUAGACAUGCAUUGAGGGGGCGGGGCGUGUCGUGUCGUCACGCUGCACACUCGGAGCCUCCAGCGCUGUGGAGAGCUUGCAAAGGUGGGUGCUGAAUGACAGAUUGCGGGGGUCCCCAGCGAAAGGACCCCCGCAAUCAGAUAAGAUGUAUUAGGGCCAGAGAACCCCCUUUAAAUCUUUUUUACAUAGAAGUUUCAUGUUUUUAUAGGAGUUGCCCACUUGUUUUUAAUUAUCUAUUAACUCUUGGAGUGAAGCUAGCUAUGCACCUUACAUUUUAAAUAGCCAAACUCGCUGGUUUUAAAAGAUUGCCCCCUUUAUACAAUGUGAAUGGGGCCUCCAGAUCUUCCCCUCAUAGAUGUUGGAGGAAUGAAUGGUCAGAAAUGUUGUUUCGAUUUGUACUCUGAGAUAAGCUAACAAGUCUCCCGGCUUUUUCCUCUCGCCCUGUUCAAAGUAGAUGCACGUCUGGCCAAGCAGAGCGUGCAGGUUCUAUGUUGAAUAUAAAUUUGGCUCUGGAACAUGUAAAACAAUAAAUAUGUGCAAAAUAAAGUUUUAUUUUUUCUGUUUCA